ACAGAAUCUAGUUUCAGGAUUGGCUGAGUGAGAACCUCCUCUGAUCAUGACAUACAAAUUUGUCAUUUUUCAUGUCUUUGGGAAAUAACGCUAUUUGUGUGCUUCUAUAUAUUGCAGCAAAACACCAAAAUGGGAGAAGGACUAAGAAUCACUCUGGUCCUUGUGUCCAUAAUUUUCCUUGACCAACUCGGCUGGACACGUGGAGAGGACAUCUUUCUAAACCAUUACACAUCAACGUAUGGGCAGUUGUGCUAUGACGCCUGCAAUUUGUAUGAAAAUGACUACUACUGGUGCAACACUAAAGAGGGCUGGGAUUACUGCUCGUUACGGGAGAACACAGAUUAUAAAGGUUACGAAUGUAGAGAUGACCAUCCUUGUGGGAAGCAUGAAAAAGAUCACUAUUGGUGCUAUACAAAGGCUGGUAAUGGUAGUUUUUGUGGAGAAGUGAAGCUCAAAUCUUUACUAUAUAUAACUUCGAUGUAUCACAGUGUGUGCAGGGACGAGUGUUUGUAUGAUGAGUUGAACUUGCACUACGGGUGUAACACGGAUAAAGGGUGGGACUACUGCUCUCCAAUAUAUAAUGUAACGUUCAAGAACGAGCGGUGCCAAUCGGAUCACUGGUGUGACACCCAUGGCGAUAACCACACCUGGUGCAGGACAGACUCAGGCUGGGACUACUGUGGUCUUAUUGAGACCAGAGGAGUAAAUAGGAUUCUUGAACGUCAGAAAAAUAAACCAAGCAAUGCAGUGCUGAUCUGUACAAUGAAUGACAGUGGUAACAAGAAGGUGACCGAGAUCUCUGCUGAGCCAAAUCCUUCAGGAAUAAGAGAUGGCAGCAGCUGGAGGAAUGAGAUAACAGAUUUAAUUGCUAAAUGGAAAAAUAGUUACUUGGUCGAUCAGGCCAAGUCCAAUCUCGUUGUCUCAAAAAACCUUCGCAUUGAUCAACAGGGUCUGGCGAAAAGACAUAAUCUGUAUUACUAUAACCUCCAAAUUCAGUUGAAUGGGCAUCGCAUACCGGGAACAAGCUCCACAGUGGCCAUGGCGCUUAUACCAAAGAACAAAGGUGUUCCAGACAGAUACGUCCGUAGGUCCUUUACGGAGAGCUUCCGCCGUCGGGCCAAUGUUUAUGUGGAUGUGAGAGAUUCCAACAUUCCAUCUCAUAAUGUACAAGAUUGUGGAUAAACUGAAGAGGUCUGUCCUUAAACCUUUGAUCAGUUAACACAAUUAAAGAUAGUGAUUACUUUAUUACUUAUAUACUGUUUGAAAUGUUCUAAAUAAAAUAAACAAUACCUUGCAAUAUUAAGCUAAUGAGCACAUAACCCUUGGUUAUGUCCAGGAGAGAAAUAUGCCUAUUAAUUAUGUUUCUUGUAUCAUUGAUAAACUGUCAUUAUACUGUUUUAUAAUGCCUGCAUAUCCAUAAGUUGGGUCUUUGUAAGGUGUGACUAGGAAAGGCCUGUGUCGUUGAUAUGUCAGAGGUCACAAUAUUGCCAAAGUGUAUACUGCCAUGCAACUUUGAAUGAAGAAAAUAGAAGGAGCGACAAGGCCAUUUCUAGGACCCCUAUCUAAAGACCAAAAGCUAUCUGGCAUAUAGUGUCCUUUUUCACUGCCUGCAAAGGCUAUGUUAAUUGUCUUGUAUACUCCCAUAUUGUGAUACCAUAUACUCUCUUGAUUUCCUGUAUACAUUGUCCAGUUUUCUGUGAUACUCAUCUUGAGUGUAAUAGGCACCUCACAGUUGUGUAAUAAAUACAUUGAUUUUGUCUUGAACUUG